AACCAUUAGGAAAUAAAAGAUCCGAGCUACCAGUUGAUGCGGUACUCCUCGUUCGGGUUUGGCGGGGGUGUUGGAGUGAUGUAGGCGCUGACGGCUGGUGCCGAGCCGGCGCGAGCGCGACCGUUAGGGCUCGCGAGGGGUUUGUACCUGGGCGCGGGGCGGGUCACGUGAGGGCGGGGCUUCCAGGGCAAGAACAGGUGCAGGGUGAGCAUCCUUCAUCCCUGCAGCAGCAGUAGCAGUAAGGUCCCCUCUAGCCACAUUCAUGCCACCUGCAUGAUGUAGAACAAAUAUUGAGAACAGAAGCGAGCCUCGGGAGUGGAAUGAGCGAGGAGCUAAUGGUUUGCGGGCCCCGCAUGAGUCUAGGGUUGGGUGUGGGGGCGGUGGCCGGUUUCGGUCUCAUGUACCUGGCCUACACUAAGGGAUGGGGGAGGAGGAACUCCCAGAAAAAACGUGAGUUUUCCUGUAGUGAACUGAAACCCAGACGGUCGGCAACACGGGGCCAAGAAGUAAAGAAGGAAAGUCGAACAAAAGUGGCAGAUAAUUGUAGCAACUAUGAAACACUGAAAGCACAGCAGCUAGAAAUAUGGGAACAGUUAGAUGUUAUACUUCAAUGUGUGAGAGAACUAAAAGAAGAGAUGAUUGAACUUCGGGAGUGCCUGAAUGGGAUGACAGAUCAGAUUGUCGGAGAUGUCAGGUCAAGUUUAGAGCGAUGCCAUAAAGUACCAGGGAAGAAGAAAGCAGGACCUAGCAGAGAAAGAAGUAAUUCUGUUGAAUCAAACUCCAUAUAUUUCACAGCCAGCACUGGGACUAAGAGCAAUGCUGAAACAGAGAGCGAAGGAGGGUAUACUACGGCUAAUGGAGAUUCCGAUUAUGAAUAUGGUAAAGCAGCAGAUCAAAAAGAUCCAUCUGAUCCAAGAGUAUCUUCUGAAAAGGUGGAUGAGUUCUCUCAACUUUUAAGUAUAGCAGAUAACUUGCAUGAAAGCACAAAUAAGGACAAGGCAAAAGGAUUUAAGCUGCUCUUGAAUAAAAAAUCCACUUACAAUUUGAAGCCAAACUUCUGCUGGCGACUGGCUCGAGCAUACUUUGACAUGGAAGAGAUGUCUAAAAAUGAAAGUGAAAAGAUAUCCUAUUUAGACCUGGGAAAAGAGGCAGCAAAAACUGGUCUUCAGCAAGAUGACUCAAGUGCAGAAUGCCACAAGUGGUACGCUAUUAUAUCUGGCCAACAGGCUGACCAUGAGACCAUCCAGAAUCGUAUCAAGGUGGGAUAUAUUUUCAAGGAGCAUAUUGAUAAGGCUAUUGAACUGAAAGAUGAUGAUCCUUCCUUAUACUACCUGUUGGGAAGAUGGUGCUAUGAGGCAGCACAAUUAGGAUGGAUGGAAAGGAAGGCAGCAGCCACUUUCUACGGAACACCCCCAAGUUCCACCAUUGAUGAAGCUCUUAAAAACUUUUUAAAGGCUGAAGAGUUGAGUCCGGGGUACUCCAAAUCCAACUCGGUGUACAUUGCAAAGUGCUACAGGGACCUUGGCAACUAUGCAACUGCUCUACACUGGCUGGACUUAGCAUCUGAAUUGCCUAUCAAAUCAAAAAACGACACAGAAGCCCAGAACAAUUUGGAAGAAAUGCGAAAUACCCUCACCAAAAACAGCUAAGCACAGUCCUGUUAACCAGAAGAAGCUUAGAGGGUUUUUAUCUCGCUACAGAAUGUCCUUGUGUUGUGUUAUCGAAUGUAACUUUGAAUACAACCUCUCUCAUUAUUGUGGUAUUUUAUUCUGUUGCUUAAUAACCACAAAAUAUCAUAAAUUAUGUCAGCCUGGUGGACAGAGGUUGAAAAAUUUCACCAAGUCACAAAGAGACCACUCCUUACUCAAAUACAUUUAAAGAGAUAGACUUUAGAUACUAAUGAGCUGGCAGUUUUAUUCCCUUGGGCAGCAAGCUUUCCUAUUCCAUGUGAAGAAACUGAUAUCCCUAAUGAAACAGUGUAAUAUUUUCAUGGCUCCAAUUAACAUUCUUUUAACAAUAGCUUUAAGUGUGCUGAUAGGUGUUCCUUGCUAUUUAUUUGAACAAGUGUGUAUUGUCUAUAGAUGUAAUUAAUUCCUUUUUUGAACUUUCAGGGUUAAUUGCAUACGUUUCAAAUUCAUAGAAUUACUGUGUCAGAAAUCUGUCUUAGAGAGUUUGUAAUACUACACUUGAAGUCCCCAUGCACCUUAUAGUUAACAAACUGACUAUUAAGCAGUGUGAUAAUUAUUCAUGUGCUUCCUUUGGCUUAGCAGUGAAUAGACAUAAUUGAUGGCUGUGAUGAAACCUGCCUAGUGGUCAUUUGGUGAAAUGAAAGUGUAGCAAUCAUUAGAGCAAGAUGACAGGUUAGUUUCUCGCUCUCUAUCUCAUCAACUCUCAGAUCAGAAGCAGUAACACUUGAUCUCUAAUGAGGCAAAGAGAGAAAUCCACAUUCCUGAUCACAGAAACUGUUCUUGCAUAUGACCAUGUGGACAAGAUUAUAAUUGGAACGUCACUGCCAUAGGCCAUGGCUUGUUCACUGAAGCACACAAGAGGAUGGACCUUACACUCAACAGCAGCAAAACAAAGGUCCUUCAACAACCUGACCCCGCAGUACAGCACCAUUCUCUGACAAUGAAGGUCCGCAAGACUCUGGAAAGCAUGGGCCACUUCCCAUAUCUCAGGAGCUACCAACUCCAGCACAGCCUUUGACUGUCUGAGGAAAAAAACUGGAGUUCAAGUCCUCAAACCUGACACAAACUUUGAGAUGCACUGGGCAUAAAGAUGCCAGCGUCUUAUGUUUUUCUGACAUUUGGAUAACAUGCACCUUAAAGCAUUAGAGAGGUGCCACUAAUAGUGUCUCUAUAAAAUCCUCCAAAUCAGCUAAUUGUAUAAGUGAAUGAAUUUCAGCAUCCUCUCCCAGGCCAAUAUACUCACCAUUGAGGCCCUAAUCACACCCUGUUGAGUAGGCCACAUCAUUCACAGGCCUGACACUAGACUCCUGAAACAAAUAUUAAAUUCUUAGCUCUGUUGCGGUAAGGGAUUACCAGCUGAACAGAGAAAAAGUGCAUACUCACAUUGCCUCCUUGAGAACAAUAUCCUCGCUAACUCCUUGGACUUCCUGUCCCACAACCACUCAAGGUGGAGAUAGACCAUUCAGGGUGGCACUGAAAACCUUGAGUCAAGCAUCAGGAGGUCAUAGAAGCUCAGAAUAAACUAUGGAAGGAGUGCACCACCUCCCAAAUUACCCACCCACCAUAUUGAGCACCACCUGUCACCUGUGGCAGAGACUGCAGGUCCAUGUUGGCCUUGUCAGUUAUUCAGAACCCAUGGAAAUGGAGUAGAAGCAAGUCAAGCCUGACCCCGAGGGAACAAUUAAGAAUAGGAGGAGCGGAAUCUGGCUCUGGUAUCAUUUUGGAUAUGGGCAUUUCGGAAUCUCACAAAAACGUGCUAAUUUGUCAAACAAAUUAAUUAAAGAUGUAAAUAUUCACCAUCUAGAUGUUCAUAGAGUCUGAAAAAGUACAUCAUCAGAAAAAGUUGAGUUUAUUGGAUUUCAGCUCUGUUCAAUUCAUCUCACACAUAUGGUCCCAAAACACCUAUAUACCUUUAUUUAGAAUUCCUUCAAAAAAGAGUACUUACAGUACCUUUUCUCCCUGCAGUACAGUAGCAUCAACUUGUAGCUCCUGCUGUUUAUAUGAUGAUAAUCAUCUCGCGUCCUUCCUAACCCACAUAUGGCACCACUAUUAACCCACCCAUUCUAAAACCAGAAAUUAUUACCAGAAAAGAAAUUGUGCUCAAGAGAAACUGGAAAGCUGGAAUUUGGCUUCCACUCUCUGACACCUUUUAAACUAAAAUUCCCUUUUGGAUUGCAGCUCUUAAAUAUUUUUACUUUCCAAUUAAUUAGUGAUCCUCUUUAUACACCCACUUAUAAAUGGUUCAAAUUGUUCUACUGCAAAGAACAACCAAAAAAGAGUAAAUAUUUUGAUAUUCCUAUUUGUGGUUGAUUAUUUGAUUUUUUUUCCCCACAAAUCAGCACUAACCUAAAGCUUAUCUGAACUAGGCACAUAAAUAUUGUGCCCAGAAGAGCAACUCAGAAACAAUGAUUAACUCAGCUCCCAACUUUCAAAAACCUAUCACCAGCAAAUCCUAGAUUAAGAAUGUGAUAGAGUACUCUUUGCCUGUCUGGAUGAAUGGAGCUUCAGCAGCACACAAGAAGCUUGAUAUCAUUGCUUGAUUGACACUUCAGAUAUCACCAAAGAAUGAUUAAAAAAUCUGCAGAACAUAAUAUGCCUACCAGAAUCUAGGGGAAAGAACAUUGAAUUCUCUUUGAACCCAUAUUACUGCCCAGCUCUCUAUGGAGACUCGCCAUUCUGAUAAACAGGUAGCUAUCCGAAGAAAAGAUCUAAGUACAAGUUACUUUUUUUCCUCUCUCCAAGGCUCAACAAAAUAUAUGUGACGUAAAAUCAAAAAACUGUUGAUGCUAGAAAUUUGAAGUAAACACAGUAAGUACUGGGAAAACCCAGCAAGUCUGACAACAUCUGUGGAAGGAGGAACAGGGUUAAUGUUUAAUGUUUCAGGUUGAAUGUUUGGCUUUAUAACAACCAGCAUCAUUCGUCUUUCUCCUGGGUACCCCAAAUUCACCUACUGCUCAAUUAUCGGACCUUUGCUCACAAGAACUUUGGCUUUUAACAGUUCACUCUCUCAAGUCUGACCAGCUACCCACAUUAGCUCCAUACUCUUGUUUACUGCUAGACUUAUGCUAAUACUGUGAGCAAGAGAUUAAAGGGUAUAUCAUCUGUGGAAAAAUACAGCUGUAACAAUGGCCCACAUACAGCAUAAGCCUUCAAUUUUCGCCACUGAAAAUGUGAACUAACAGGGCAGCUCAUUGAGAAGCAUUUUGCACAUUUUAUAUGUGGUUUAUGGUGAAUUUGCACAGACACCUUCUCCUUUUAUGUUUUUUACUCAAUGGAAUAACAAGGUAACUGUAAUUAGGCCACAGUUGAUGCCUCUAAGGAAAGAGCCAGUUACUAACUGCUGUGGGAGAAACAAUGUGUUGAGCAACAGAAAAAACAUGUUGUGUCAAGCAUUGACCCUCCAUUUUAACUCCUUUACCAUGGUCUCAACACAUGAGCUCAUGUGUAAUUGUGUCUUGCUACUCUGUGGCAUGGUAAUUAGUUUUUCGCAACUUUGUAUUGCCAUGUGUUGGGAAUCCUUGGGAAUACUGCACAGUCAGUUAUUAUCAUUAGAUAUCAAAAAUCAUUAGUUUUAAAGUCUGUGCAAAUGGUGGUGGUGGAGGAUGGUAGUAUGCUCAUGAUUACCUGCUAAUGCAUCAGCCAUAAGCAUUACAAAUUCAGAAUAUUUCCCUGUGCACAUUCAAAGCAUCAAAUAGUUCUGUUAAAUUUAAAAGCAAGAAAAUAUGUCAUUAUGUCUCCUGUUAUGUUGAAGGACAAGAACCUACUGAGUAAACAUCUUGAUGUCAUCUUCUAAAAUUCAUAAUGGUUAGUAUUAUAUCUUCAUAAAACAUUACUAUACCAGCACAAUAGUUCAGUCAAUCAAUAUUGGGAUUAAUUGGUAAAAUAUGGGUGCAAAGAUAGUGGGGGAGAAUGCAAAGCUUGUUAUGUAAGGUUUGAGUCUGAUAUGAAAGUACUUAUAGAAAAAUGAUACUCCUUAGUGCCUCUGUCUUAAUGAACAGAAUGCUGGCCUUAAUUUUUAUUGUUUUUUUUU